CGGGUUCCCUUGGCUCUUACGAUGGCGAUGAGUUUCGAGUGGCCGUGGCAGUAUCGCUUCCCGCCCUUCUUUACGUUACAGCCGAACGUGGACACCCGGCAGAAGCAGUUGGCCGCCUGGUGCUCGCUGGUCUUGUCCUUCUGCCGCCUGCACAAACAGUCCAGCAUGACGGUGAUGGAAGCUCAGGAGAGCCCGCUCUUCAACAACGUCAAGCUACAGCGGAAGCUCCCUGUGGAAUCAAUUCAGAUUGUAUUAGAGGAACUGAGGAAGAAAGGGAACCUUGAGUGGUUGGAUAAGAACAAGUCUAGCUUCCUGAUCAUGUGGCGGAGGCCAGAAGAAUGGGGGAAACUCAUCUAUCAGUGGGUUUCAAGAAGUGGCCAGAACAACUCCGUGUUCACCCUGUAUGAGCUGACCAAUGGAGAAGACACAGAGGACGAGGAGUUCCAUGGGCUGGACGAGGCCACCCUGCUUCGAGCCCUGCAGGCCUUACAGCAGGAGCACAAGGCCGAGAUCAUCACUGUUGGCGAUGGCCGAGGCGUCAAGUUCUUCUAGCAGAGACCUGUCUCCUUUUGUUUCUUACCUCCCACCCUUCCAGGGCUUUCAAAAGGAGACAGACCCAGUGUCCCCACAGACUGGGCCUGUGACUCCACCAGACUCAAAAGAGCUCCAGUCCUGAAGGCUGGGACCCGAGGAUGGAUUUCCCACUAACCCUCUACAUCUGUCCCUGGGAUAGGGUGAGACUGAGGCACCUGGGAGAAGAGUUGUGCUUCUUGCCCUCCCUCCUCUCCCAUCCUAGACUAUCCCUGAGCCAGGGUCUGUAAACCUCACUUUACUUGUGUACACACACACACACACAC